AAUGGCAGGCGCGUAUUAUAUGUAAUUUGAGCCUGUGUAGGUUAGUGUCUAUCAUAUGUGUCUCCCGUGCCCUGUAGGCCGGUCAUGGUAGACAGCCAGAGGGACUCGUCAAGCACAGCCAACAGUCGAACCAGGAAGUGGGUGUCCCCGCGUCCGUAAACAACAUGGCUGUGCUCGGCGAUCGUGAACUGUUGCAGGCUCGAGAAGAGGAGAGGAUGGCAGGUGCCCGUCCACUACCCACUCAGGAACUAUUUAAGAUGGCAAACCAGAUGGAGGUGGUCACGUACGUCGGGGACAUCACGACGAUAAGUGACGCCAGUGGCGUUGUGACGGGGGAAGGGCUGGAGUUUGAACAUGAUAGUUUUGUCACAAGGGCUCUGAAAGAAAAUUCAAGUGAAUUUGCUGUGAAAAGAGAAGAACUAAAGGGGAAAGCAAGACGUUUCAAGUCGUGGUCAGUUCACACCACGAUACUAUCUGAACCAUCGCCAUUUAGUUAUGUCUUUCACGCCGUCAUCAAAAGCCCUGACCAUACCAACAGAUGGGUGAAGAAAACGGAACACUUAUACAAGACAAUAAUGAAGAAAGCAGAGAAGAAUGAUGUGAAAGUGUUGGCUAUUCCUCUUCUUGGUACAGGUCGAGGUGGUGCAUCUCCAGCAGACGCUGCCCAGGCCGCUGUGAAAGCCGUGGCUAAGUUUGACAACCAGCGCCUGCAGAAGGUGUUUUUGGUUACAAUCGACAAAUCCAUCGGCGACACAUUGUAUACCCAGUGUGAAUACCAAGGAAGUCCUCUCUGCCGUGAGAAAAACUUUAAACGUCGAAACUCCAUUAGGAGGUUUUUUUGUGGAGGUUCAAGAACACAGGAUGAGGAUAGGGCUAGCUAUGGGAAGGCACCAAUGGACAACCGUCCACGUUCUAACCGUAACAAAGACCAGAAUCACAGCCGUCCGGUCGAGAAGUACACACAAAUUGGAGAUGAAAGGAGAGAUGAAACCAAUUUUCACCGAAAUCAAUAUACAGGAUCGAUCGAGGGAAAUGAGAAUCACAACAGAUAUAGACCAGAAAAUGAGUAUGAUGGUAGCUAUAGAAAGGCACCAAUGGACAACCGUUCAGGUUCUCAUCGCAACAGAGACCAGAACCGCAGAUACCCGGAUGAGGGGUACGGACCAAUUACCCAUGGGUAUGAAGAUUAUGAGAGGGCUGAAACCGAUAUACAUACAGGAGCGGUGAACACAAGUGAGAAACGCCACAGAGAUAGGCGAUCUGAAACGGUUCCAAAUUCACGUACUGUGAAUGACCGUGAAAACAGAUGUGACACACGAGAAGCAGGGCACAGGCAUGUAGAUGGACAGGGUGAUGAUUAUGGAAAACCAGUAAAGACCAUGCAGACAAACCCGGGUGACACGACACACAGAAAUAAUGCACAUCACGAAGGAGUUGAUGGGCAUGGACAGGACAGGGGAGACUACUCUGGGUACAACAAAGCAAACAAUGAGACCAUGUUUUCUUUGCCGGAUCGACAUCACAAUGGCGAUACAAGGGGUGAAUCUGGAAACAGGUCGCUGAACGUUGCUGACGUACAUUCAAGUCACAUCCAGUCACAAACCUUUCCAAAGCAUUCCAGGUCAGAACCUGUAUCUUCUCGCGCAGUGUUACAUGGGAACACCUAUACCGCACCCCACCGGGACACCACACAUGACAGCCAUCAUUUGAGUUAUAAGGGAUACCACACUGAUAAACAUGGCGAUGAUGGUAGUCGACAACUGAGGCAACAAACCAAGACCACCAAGGCAACUCUUGUCGUCGGUCAGACAUGUUUGGAUGAAAGCGCAUCUGGAUUUGAUCACAAUGGCAGUGUCCACCAUGGCACUAGUCGCUCACCCUAUCCAUUGACCGUCAACCUUGAUGCUGUCGGCGGAGAGCCAAGGAAUGUAAGGCAUACUUCAAGUACAGACAGGGUACGUGGCAUGGAUAAUUCCACCAGACCAGAAGUCGGAAUAAAGACUGAAAUAAAUGGAGUUCCCUGUGGGGAUAGUACAGUCCCGCCUGGAAAUAGCAAUGCGAAGGUAGCAAGAAAGGAGAGUAGCAAUGAUGUCAAGCUCCUUGAUAUGAGUGUAACCAGAAGCUGUCCUAUUUGUAUUGGUCCAAUCACAGACCCAAAAUGGCUGAAGAAAUGCGGCCAUGUGUUCUGUCGGGAGUGCAUAGAUGACAGCUUCAAGAAGUUCAAACCCGUGUGUCCCAGCUGCAACAUGGUGUAUGGCGUCCUGACGGGGAACCAGCCGGAGGGGUCGAUGGAUGUCGCCUUCAGCGGGGAGCACCUGCCUGGGUAUGAGACCUGUGGCACCAUCAGUAUCACAUACCAUCUGCCUAGUGGCCUACAGAGGGAAGACCACCCGAACCCAGGACAGCCCUACAAGGGAACAACGAGACGAGCUUUCCUGCCAGACUGCCGAGAAGGUAGAGAUGUUCUCCGCCUCCUGAAGAAGGCGUUUGACAGGAAGUUAACCUUUACCAUCGGUCGUUCUACAACUACCGGUCAAGAGAAUGUCGUAACGUGGAACGACAUCCACCAUAAGACGAACAUGGAAGGUGGACCUACGAGAUUCGGCUAUCCCGACCCAGGCUAUCUGGAGCGGGUGAAGGACGAGCUUGCCAGCAAGGGCGUGACGGAAAACAAAGAGACGACGUUUUAGCGGACUCCGUCGUCUCUGAAUGACCUUCAGGUGUCGAGAGAAGCAUAGACAUCAUAGCCACACCACGUAUUCGGAAGUGCUGUAUGUUCCUUGUAAUCCACACAUGAGCCAGGUUACAUGAAAAAACCCUGUUAAGACUAUACUGAAUGACUUCGACCAGAGAUACCUGAACUAGGUGAUGAAGAAUGAGUGACAUUUUAUAAAUAAUUCACAUACCCGAUGUACGUACGAUUCUAUAUGAUGACAUUUAUUUGGUACAUGGGGGCUACGGUGGACCCCCAUUCGUACGAGGCGACCAAUGUAUCGUUGGUCACGCUCGAUAACUUAAUUUAUUGCGUGUAAGCUUACCCCACGGUGUCGGACUUUGUACAUUAUAUCAAUCAAUGAUUUUUCUCGUCCUGAUUCCAUAAUGUACAGGCCUCAAAAAACAAAAAAAAUUGUUAUUUCUUAUGUUCGUCCUUUUAACUGCAAAUAUUGUUUGAGAAUGUCUGUAUUUGUGUUCCAUGUGUGAUAGGAAGGUGUUAUAUAUCCUAUUACUAUAAAAUCGAUCUAUAAAUCGAUCUAAAAUCGAACCCAGUUCUAUUCCCAAGGAAUAGUUAUUGUUCCUAUAUAUAAAAGUGACCAAACCCUCUCAACAACAUAUGAAAUCUCUGCUGUAAGCAGAAUCUAUUGUGCGAUUCCUACGAUAUCAUAACCAAGUUUUUAUGAAUCACUCUAAAAUAGUGAUGAUACCAGGUGUUAGGUGAAAGACGAGUCUAUCCAAUGUGAGCGUAUUGUGCCCGAAUGGGGGAACCCGUCACAAACACAUGGGAAGGCACGUCGUUUGAUCGCCUGAAAAGACAUAUAGAAACAACAAUCUUCGACUAUUUUGGAGGACCCUAUGCCCGCGUUAUAUGGGGGUUGACUGUUGACGGAAGCAGUGCAGAGUGAAGGGACGGAAGAGCAAUUAUAAUCAGAUGUCGUUAGGCAAUAUAUUAUGUGUAUAUUUGUAUAUCCUGUGCACAUUCGUUUACAAUGUCCUUUGCAUGUUUACACAGAUUUUUUCUAGGUUGUCUAUUCAUGGUUGUCAGUGAUGUAUUUAAGGAUUUUGAAUAUUACGUUGUCACUAAUAAAUCAGAAAGUAGUUUAUUGAUGUUAUUGAAACGAUACGUUUUCUUAUUUAACAAAUUCACGAUUGUCCGUUGUUGCUGGUACCUUAGCGUCACCCUACAUGCUUCAAUGUACGUCACCCUACACACUUCAAUGUACGUCACCCUACAUACUUCAAUGUACGUCACUCUACAUGCAUCAAUGUACGUCACCCUACAUGCAUCAAUGUACGUCGCCCUACAUGCUUCAAUGUACGUCACCCUACAUGCAUCAAUGUACGUCACUCUACAUACUUCAAUGUACGUCACCCUACAUGCAUCAAUUACGUCACCCUACACACUUCAAUGUACGUCACCCUACAUACUUCAAUGUACGUCACUCUACAUGCACCAAUGUACGUCACCCUACAUGCAUCAAUGUACGUCGCCCUACAUACAGCAAUGUACGUCACUCUACUUACUUCAAUGUACGUCACCCUACAUGCUUCAAUGUACGUCACCCUACAUGCAUCAAUGUACGUCACUCUACAUACUUCAAUGUACGUCACCCUACAUACAGCAAUGUACGUCACUCUACAUACUUCAAUGUACGUCACCCUACAUACAGCAAUGUACGUCACUCUACUUACUUCAAUGUACGUCACCAUACAUACAGCAAUGUACGUCACUCUACAUACUUCAAUGUACGUCACCCUACAUGCAUCAAUGUACGUCACUCUACAUACAGCAAUGUACGUGACCCUACAUACAGCAAUGUACGUCACCCUACAUGCUUCAAUGUACGUCACCCUACAUGCAUCAAUGUACGUCACUCUACAUACUUCAAUGUACGUCAUCCUACAUACAGCAAUGUAGGUCACCCUACAUACAGCAAUGUAGGUCACCCUACAUACAGCAAUGUAGGUCACCCUACAUACAGCAAUGUAGGUCACCCUACAUACAGCAAUGUAGGUCACCCUACAUACAGCAAUGCACGUCAUCCCAUAUGCACUAAUGUUCAUGACCCUACAUGCAAUAUACGUUGGCAUACAUUAUAUUAGCUAACUACUUAUAUAUUCUACGUAAUUCACUUUACCCCAUCGGCAUGGCAAUUCCUGAUUAGAACAUUGGUAUGAUGUUGUUUGUUGUUUGCUCAUGUGAAACUUCGCAGAUAAACGCUCACUAAUUCUC